AAAAUUAAAAACGGAAAAAACGAAUUUCAGACUGCCUCAAAAAUCAUAAUCUGAGCUGCACCGAUUUGGAUCUCUCGAUCUAUCUCACUAUAAGCAAGAUAUGCUUAGCUUCUGCAACUCAGAGCUUUCUGUACAAUGAGUUAAUACUUCAACUUUGAGUAUUCAUAUAUAUUGGUGUAGAGAGAAAUGGGGGGAGGAGGGUCAUUGAUAAACAUGAGGGCAUUCGAUUGGAAGGCGGGGCAGACGAUAAUGGUGUCUCUUUUGGUAAUGAUUGGAUCUUUCUACACCGGCACUCUCUUCAGCACCACCGAUUCUUCUUCUCCCCUCUAUACGCUUCAGCAACAGCCGCAACAAGAACAGCAAAUUGCAGUCUCUUCCAAUCCCAACUCAUCACAAACCCCCUCUGGUAGUCCAACAUUUACAAACAAAGUUGCUCUUACUUAUCGAAUGGUACCACUAACUAUCCCAAAAACUGGAAUGAAUGUUUGCCCUCUGAAUUUCAAUGAGUAUAUUCCUUGUAAUGAUGUAUCUUAUGUUAAAGAGUUACUGCCAAAAUUAAAUCUUUCAAGGAGGGAAGAGCUUGAGAGGCAUUGUCCUCCAGUAAAGAGGCGCUUGUUUUGUUUGGUGCCACCUCCAGUUGAUUAUAAGAUACCAAUAAGGUGGCCUAUUAGCAGGGAUUAUGUAUGGCGAAGCAAUGUCAACCAUUCACAUCUUGCUGAAGUCAAAGGAGGACAAAAUUGGGUACAUGAGAAGGAUAAACUCUGGUGGUUUCCAGGUGGCGGAACUCAUUUCAAGAAUGGAGCUUCUGAGUACAUUCAGAGAUUAGGGAAUAUGACUACCAAUGAGAAAGGUGACUUGCCUUCAGCGGGAGUAUUUCAAGUACUUGAUGUUGGUUGUGGUGUUGCUAGUUUCUCGGCGUAUCUUCUUCCUUUGGACAUAGAAACUAUGUCCUUUGCUCCAAAAGAUGGUCAUGAAAAUCAAAUUCAGUUUGCUUUAGAACGAGGGAUUGGUGCAGUGAUUGCUGCUUUAGCCACUAAACAACUUCCAUAUCCAAGUAACUCCUUUGAAAUGGUCCAUUGUUCUAGAUGUCGUGUUGAUUGGCAUGAAAAUGAUGGUAUUCUACUCAAGGAAGUGAAUCGCCUUUUAAGAUCAAAUGGAUACUUUGUCUAUUCAGCUCCACCUGCAUAUAGAAAGGAUAAGGAUUUUCCAGAUAUAUGGAAUAAGCUAGUGACACUUACUUCUGCAAUGUGUUGGAAACUAAUUGCUCGACAAGUUCAAACGGCAAUAUGGGUCAAACAAGAAAAUAAUUCAUGCCUUCAGCAUAGUGCAGAGCAGCAUUUAGUGAACUUAUGCGAUGCUGCAGAUGAUUCUAAACCCUCAUGGAAAACACCUCUGAGGAACUGUGUUACACUAAGUAACACAAAAUCUAACUCUAAAAAGCUCCCUCCUCGGCCACAGCGCCUUUCAGAGUAUUCACAAAGUCUUGUGCGAAUAGGUGUUGAUCGUGAGAAAUUCUUGUCAGACACAAUCUAUUGGCAAGACCAAGUUCGCCAUUAUUGGAGGUUGAUGGGUGUUGAAGAGAAUCAAAUACGUAAUGUCAUGGACAUGAAUGCUUUCCUCGGUGGAUUUGCAGUUGCUUUGAACACAUGGCCAAUCUGGGUAAUGAAUGUAGUUCCUGUAACCAUGAACAAUACCCUGUCUGCCAUUUAUGACCGUGGUCUAGUAGGCACUUUUCAUGACUGGUGUGAGCCAUUUUCAACAUAUCCACGCUCAUACGAUCUGUUGCAUGCCAACCAUAUUUUUUCUCACUAUAGAAAUUACGGACAAGGUUGUUUGCUUGAAGAUAUCAUGCUGGAGAUGGAUCGUAUGCUAAGACCUCAGGGAUUUAUUAUUAUCCGAGAUGAAGAAGCUGUUGUAUCUAGGAUAAAAGAUCUAGCUCCAAAGUUCCUUUGGGACGCCAAAUUGCAUUUUCUUGAAGACGAUAGAAGGAAAAUGGAACAGGUUCUGCUUUGCAGAAAAAAGUUCUGGGCAAUCACCUAAUGCAAAAAUGGCUCGACUAUCAACUAGUUUUUCGCUUCUGAGAAUGUCACAUUCUGUAUUUCUCUUACAGGUGCUAGUUUUGAUUCAUGUUGUGUUCUUAGUUUUUCAUUCCUUGGUUGUCAGUUGUAAAUGAUAUAAAGACACAAAUCUUGUUUUUGUGAGCAGGAUGUAGAUCUAGAGUUCUUUUGUGCAACUUUAAUUCUGAAACCAUAAAUAGUUGUUACAACCAUUUGAUGACAAGGAAGAAUAUUGAUUUCCUUGUCC